GCACAAUUAGCUACACGACAUUGUAUUCGUCACAAACUGGAGGAACACACAAAUUUUAUGUGCAAGGUAUCGACGAAAUAAUAAUCAUAUUCUAAUAAUUAUCGACGUUUCGUGUAAAAAUACAACAUGUCUCACGUACCAGUGGAAACUGCUGAAGAGGAUGCAGCAGAUCUACAAUUUCCAAAAGAAAUCCACACAAUAAAUCUAUGUAAUGUUUGUUGCACGAUGCUCAAUGAACCAUACAUUGCAUGCGCUGAAUGUAAAAAAAAAAAUGAUUCGUCUUCAUCAAGCCAAUAUAAAAUUUGUCUUAAGUGCUUUGCAAUUGGUGCUGAAUCUCAAGCUCAUCUCAGUAACCAUUCUUAUGUCAUUAUUCAUAAUGAUGUGAACAUUUUUUUGGAUUGGCCGGCAUACAAAGACAUUUCUUUAAUUGAACUGCUAAAACAAUUUGGGUUUUCAAAUUGGUCCGAUAUUAGUCGAAAAAUUCAAACCUAUAACGCAGAAGAAUGUCGCGAUCAUUAUAUGCAAAACUACUUUGAUGGAAUUUUUUGGAAGACUUGCAAAUUGACAAAGUAUCCAUACAGUAGUAUUGAAAUACCGUAUUUAUAUCGAAAUUCAUUUGACCCGCCACGAAUAUCGAAUAUGGCGCAAACAAAGUUAUUGGCCGAUUAUCAAUUCGCUCGCAGUGAAUUUAAUACACAGUUUGACGUUUCGGCAGAGAGUAUAGUUAGUAUGGUUAGUGGUGAAUGGAGCGAAGAAUUUUCACAUAUUGGUGAAAGUUUAAAUUGUGCUUUGGUUAAUGCCUAUAAUAAUAGACUAAGAGAACGACAUCGCCGUCAUAAAAUUGUUCGACAACAUGGAUUAAUAUUACCAAAUCGAACAAAAAGUUGGUUGUCGAAAUACACUAAAGCGAUGAAUUUAAAAAAAUCCACUGACAAUCAAUUACACUCUGGUAAAUUUGUUGCAUUUAUGCAACUAACAUCUGGAAUUGGUUUUGACCGCAUUGUCGAAAGUCUGCAAUAUGAAUAUGAUCUUAGAAAGUUUUUAAGCAAACUAUAUGAAUUAAGAUCAAAAGGAAUAACAACAUGUCAUGGUGGUAGAUAUUUUCAAAAUUCAAAAGCCAAUCGGAUGUCUAUGGCCAAUAUUAAGCCACAUGCGGUAUUAGAUUGGAAACAUAUAUCCAUGAAUAAGACAAAUUCCCUUUCUGGAACUGAACAAAUUAUGAAACAUUGCAUGGAUUUGAAUCAGUUACCAAAGAAAAGGAGAAGUACACCCUUAAACAUAAUAGGUUUAUCAAAUUAUGAGAAAUUGACCAAAGAUGAACAAGAACUUUGCAGUAUAAUACGUGUCAUUCCUGAUGCAUAUCUGAUGUAUAAAAAACUCCUAUGUGCAGAAAAUAAUAAAAUGGGCUAUUUACGAUUGGCUGAUGCGCGAAGACUCAUUAAAAUUGAUGUUAAUAAAACACGUGUCAUGUACGAUUUCUUUGUCGAGCACGGAUAUAUUAAUAAACCAUCUUAAAAAAUAAAACAAAAAUUACAUUCUGUUUUAAUUUUAUCUUUACUUUUGAAGAUAAACGUAACUUUUGCCAUUAUUCAAUAGUCUCAGUACGAGGUAUCUCUUCAAUUCUGUUAGUUUUAUUGACAUUCAAAUUAAGAAAAACAUUUGCGAGAAUGUUAUGCAAGGAAUUUCCAACCAAUCUAAAUCGGGAGUAAAUUUACUCUUCGAACCUCGU